AUGGAGAACGCACUGGGUCACAACCCGCUGCUGGAAGGGGCGACGCAGCCCCGCAGCCCGCCGCGUUUCUUUCCAAACAGACGCGACUCUUCUUCGCCGAGUGCGGGGCGCGGGCGAGGCCACGGUCCCCAGAUCCGGCCGACGCAUGCAGUUUCAAUCUGCGAGACCCGCGAGGGAAACCCGGCACGAGAAGCGAAGACGAGCGAGACAUCUCCGUCGGGGUGUUUGUCGAGUUGUGGGGAAACGCGUGCCGCGGAGGAGGCCGGUGUCGGAGGGGCGAGGAAACGCAAGACACGUCGUCUUCCGUCCACGCCUCCGCCAGUGCCCAGCAAAAACCAAGACGCGUCCAACGAUGAAGAGCCUGGCGAUCGUGGCGACGGUUCGCCAUCGCGAAAACCUUCCCUAGUCUUCUCUCCCUCGUUUCGCGGGGCGCGUCCAGCCGCUGUCUCUUCCAGUCCCUCGGCGCCUCGUCUCCUGUCUCCUGGUCCCUCUCCCGUUUCAGAGGGUUGCGGUGAGCGCUACGGAGCGAAGCGCAGGAAACUUCUCUCGCCAUUCGGAAGCGUCUGGGCGAGGACGCGCCUCGCCUUCGACUUGCCCGACACUCUCCACAACGCCAAGCCUUCAGUUCCGCCUUCUCUCGCGUGCCUCAUGGCCGAAGCGCUCGCGGAUCACCUCUUCGCCUCUUCUGCCUUCUGGGCAAGUUUCCUCGGCCUCCCGUCCGCGGCGGAGGCCAACCGGAGCUCGGUGCGGCUGGGGGGGGUGACGUCUCCAUGCACGCACCAGCAAGAGACGGAAGAGGCGACGGGCGGCAGGGCCGAGGCUGACGGUCCUCGCGCCGGAGACGGCGACAGCAGCCAGGUGGCGAGGGACGAAGAAGAUGAGGCGCCCGAAGAGCCUCGAGCGGCCGAAGGCAAGACGGACCGAGAGGCCACGGCCGGGCGAAACCUGUGCAAGACGGAUGCGCAGAAGAGUUGCGAGUGUGAAGGAGAGCAGGGCGAGGCCAAGAGUCAGAGAGGAGACGACGGUACGGGCGAACCAAGUGUUGUGACCAAAUCACUGGGUGCCUUCGCUUCCCUUUCGCCAGCCUCCGUGCCUGGCUCUUCUCCAGCUUCGCCGCUCUGUCUUCCCGCGACGGAACACACUGAGUUUAGUGACGACCGGGAAACGGCGGAGACGCGGUGUCUUCAGCGACACAGUGAGACGCAUCUGCUUGCGCACGGUGCCUUCCGAGCCGUGGACAGUGCGCUGAGGGCGGGCGGGCGCGACUUGUUUUUCCCAGCUCACAUCGCAGCGCCUUGUCGCCUCUCGGCGCCUGCGCCCACGUCGGCGGACUUUGAAGCCGCGCGGAGCUACCAUCAGAGUCUCGCAGGUCAGCUGCGGCUCUUGGCCCUCGAGUUUUGCGAGCAAGAACGAGCGCAGAGGCGCGAAAGAGAACCAGAGAGAGACGAGGAAGCGGGGAUCGGGGCGGAAGGAGAGAGUCCGCCGAGGACGUGCUGUGCGGGAGGGGAGAUGGAGGAGAGUCGGGGCGAACCGGAAGGCACCUGUGAUGCAGGAACGCGCCAUAGAGGAGACGGCAAGGAGACACCGGAAGCGAUGGAGGCGGACGAGCCUCGUGCCAGGUCACGGUCUUCUCAGAGGAUGUCCUCUCCGAACUGCGGGGAGUCUCUCUCAUCGGCUGUCUCCGAGGGAACGCAGAAUGAGAGGUCUACUUUCGCCCUUUUCUCCCGGCAUCGCGGUUCUCCUGUGCCGUUCUUUGAGAAGGCAGAGACGAGCAUCAAACGCGAUCUGUGGAAGCGCUAUGGUGGUCGGCGCCGCGGCCUGUAUGAGUUGGGCGUCAGCGACGACGAGGGCGACCGAGAGAAUCUAGGACGUCCUCUCUGGAACGUCCUCUUCUGUGAACUUGACGCGACUGCGUGGGCCUCGUCGCUACGGGAGGCCACGGACUGCCGCGACUCGGGAAGCCCAGCCAGGCCAGUCUCUUCUUCGUGUCUCGUCGCGGGGGCCCUGAAGCUGCUGAAGGCGGCGUCUGCGCAUUCGGAGGCGUUCACCGUGUACGAGACCUGUGCGGAUCGCGGGCCUUGUGAGGCUCGGCCCAGAGACAAGGGCACCGCUGUCUCUUCGCCGGGGCGAGUCUCUGCGUCAGGGAUCCCCGAGGCAGAGACAGGAGGCAGGCCAGCGGCCGACCGCGAGGAGAGCAAAGAGGUCAACUCGGCGGAGACGCGCUGGGAGAACGCGCAGGCGGCGAAAGAGCCGCCCCGACAGCGCAAGCAAGCUCUGUCAGCAGCGGAGAGCGACCCAGCGGCGCCAGCGACGCCUUUCUUUCUUCCUUCUCCUCCGCUGCUUCGCGCAGCUCUUUUCUCCCUCGUUCAGCGCCUCUGGCCCACGCCGCAGGACGAAGCUCCCGCGGCUCUGUCUUCUUUCUUCUCUGCUCUCCGGGCGUGGCAGGGGACUCUAACGGCCACGGCAGGUGCGGGGGGCGACCUCCGAGACGGGCCACGGCCGGGCGACGCUCCGGUUCGCAGAUCGGCCGCGUUCGGCGAGGAGGAGACACGGCCCGUGCGAAGCCAGGGAGAGGGAUGUGCGCCGUUGCGUGCACGCGAUGUUCUCGGCAGCGCGGAGCGACGGGGCGCGAGUGGCACCAGCGAGGAGGCCAGGAGACAGACGAGAGUUGCAGUCUCGUCGGCUGACCUGGACGUCGCCCGCAGGGCUCUCGUGGAAGAAAUGCGCGCCUGCGCUGCAGUUCUCGCGCGGGUCCACGAAAGCGUCUGCGCAGUUCACGCCCUCUGUCGCGAAGAAGAGAGGGAGGAAUGGAGAGAGAAGCCGGAGGAAGGGCCGAGUCCACGAGAGACGCCACCCUGGGGCGACGACGCAGAGCCGGCAGGCAAGUGGGGAAUGACAACGGAAGGUGAAGACGACCAGGAGCCAGAGAGUGGGGCGGCGCCAGCAAACGCCGAACCUGGAGACGGCGAACGUGCAGAGGGAGAACGCGCCAGGUCCCGAGGCGAAGCAGACAGUCUCCGAGUGUCCCUUGCGCCCACGGACGCGUGUCUACGGAAGGCACCGGGUCUAGGCUUUUCGGCCCCACACCGAGACGGCGCCAGUCCCCCCUCGACAGAAGGACCGUGGGGCGAUGCGCUGCUGAGGGUGGAACGCGAAGGCGAGGGCGUGGGCAACGCCGGCGGCUGUGAGACUGCACAGGGUAGUCUCGACCUGAAGCUCGACGAGGCGUUCUGCCGUGUCGCACGAGACGUGCUGUUGUUGGAGGCGCUCCUGCAUCUCCCAGUCGGCGAUGUCUCGGGUCCAGGAGGGUGCCCAGACGUCGGCGAAGGCGAGCGGAUCUUGAGGCAGAUCGACCGGAGUCUCCAGGACGAAAACGAAGGUCGCGCGGGUGCGCUCGAGUGUCUUUGCGCCAACCUUUGUUUUUGUCGCGAUCUCGAGGAAAGCCGGCUCAGGGCUGCGCUGCGGUUGAGCCGACGGUCUGAGGGUCAACCUCAGCUGCAGGAAACGUGCGGCACCGGACAAGCGGGCGAGGCGGUAGGCGAGGCCGCCGACGAGAAAGAAAACGAGGAUGGAAACGCAGGUGAAGACGCGGCCGGAGGGCAGGCAGCUUGGCUCCACGGGCGCGUCGCCAGUGGCGAGGUGGAGACUCCGCCGCAACGGAAAAGGGGAGUCGGAGGAGCGAGGAAAGCCGAGAAGGUGCUACCGCAGGGCGGGGCGGAAGUCCGAGAACAGGGGGCGCCAUGGGCGACUUCGUGUCUCGAGUGUCCCUUGCCUUCCUCUCGAAACGAGAACUCAACACCGGUCGCCUCUUCCUGGGGGUGGGGCCAAGCCAACCAGUGGGCUGCCGGGCGACAGGAAGGGAGCGACGAAGGAGACAAAGAAGCCACAGACCUUGCAGAAGGUAGACCCUGGAAGGCAAAAGACCAAAGGCGCAGCUUGAUGUUGGAUAACGCCGAGUUGGGUGGGAGGCCGAGAGAAGUGGAGGACGACCUCGAGGUUCCGAGAGGAGACUCAUCUCCGAGAGGGUCGGGCUUUCCCGGUUUCCUCGACGGAGGCGCCGGAGGAAGGCACGGCGGUUUCUUUGAUCCGCAUUGGUUGGCGAGAUACGUCGACUGUGUUCGAGGUCUCGUCCAGCAAACCGCCCGGGAACUGUGCAUCUACAUCACUUUUGUGUGUGAGCACUGUUUGCCGGAAAGCCACUUCACAGCGUGGUAUGCGCACUGGGUAGGCCUCCGCAGCUACCACGAACUGCACGCGCAGCUGGCGAGAGAGCGAGGAGAGCUCGACGCCACUCUCGCGCACCUCGAGAGGGAGUGGGAGGAGGCACGAGACGCAGACGGCGCCACCGAGGGCGACGACUGGGCCGCCGAGUGCGAACGCGACGGAGAAGGCUUCAACUUGACUUUCUCGCAACUAGACAGACACGAAGAGCGACCGGGGAGGCCGUCGCCACAAAAACCGCGCCGACUCAGCGCAGUCGGCCAGCGACGAGGCCGGAGGAAAGGGAGACACGUGGAGGCACUCGAGAGAGGCGCCGAGGGCGCGCAGACUGCCCACAGGAGCGGCCGACCGAACGAGGCGAGGAGAGGGCGACACGAAGGGGCGUCCAGGGAACGAAGGACCGGCAGACAGCAGGAAGGGGGAGGCGCGAAGCGCGCGGGGACCCUCGCAGCGCGUCAGGCCUUUUCCUCGUCUGUGACUACCGCCCGGGACGCGCGGCGCAGCAAAGCUGGAUGCGGAGGAAGCGAAGAAAAGGCACGCCGACGGGGGCGGCACCAGGUGCCUCGAGAGCGACGGGAGGCAAGAGACGUGUAUACAGUGAAACGAGAAACGGGCAGCGAAGGGGAACGAGACGAAAUCGAAGACGUUCCGACCCAGACAGUGCGGACAGGGAGGCCUUGUUCCAUCUCUGCGUGGGUGAGAGGCCGGCGCGACCGCAAGAGCCGCCGCAUGCACUCGCCAGAAAAAAUCGCUUCUCUUGUCUGGGCGAAGCCUUUCCCAGAGUGCGCGACUCCGAGGACUGCUGCCGGGGAUUCUGUCUCCGCAUCGCGAUUUUCACAACACGCCCAUGACGACGGUUCUCCAGAGGGGAAUUGCCGCGAAAAGGUCCGAGCGUCGCGACCAAGAGAGUGGCAAAUGCUCCCAGGACGGCUUUCCGUUCCAACUGAGAUGGCGAGCCUCCAAACUGUCGAGGCAGCUUUGUGUCUAGCUGAGGCACGCGAGGAAGGCGACGGCGCGCAUGAGAGUGGACGCGAGCGCCGACGAGUGUGCAAAGACGAAAACGCGGACGAAGCUGGGCAAGCAGGAAACUCGCGGGCAUCGCGUGGACGAGGAUGGAGAGCUAGCUCUGGUGACACUGGGAGAAACAUCAAAGAUGAGACGCAUGCCUUCGAAGCGAGUGCAUUAGCGGUCAAGAAGGAAAGAAGGUUGCGGUGGACAGUGGAGGAAACGGAGGCAUUCGUUCGCGGUGUGAAUGAAUAUGGGGUUGGCAACUGGAAGAACAUCUCCCGGCACUAUGGACACCUUCUCGGGGGCAGAACAAACAUGCAGCUGAAGGAUAAAUGGCUGAACCUUGUGAAGCACGACCACGUCGUAGAAGAUCCACUUUCCGACACCUGGUUGCUGCGAGACACGGCUUAG